ACGACCAUUCAUCACAAACUGAUCGGCUGAAGAUCUGCAUCAUCAUCAUCAUCAUCAUCAUCAUCAUCAUCAUCAUCAUCAUCAUCACCAAAGCAGCCAUUUAUCACCCCACGUCUUUAACAGCUAUACUAUACUCGUCUAAAAGCGUCACUUAGUGCAGCAGCGUGGUCCGACAGGUGAACUGCAGGACUGUCCUAUCAUCGCCAUAUUUGGGAUCAAACAGGAAGAGAGACGGUGGUGAUGCGGUGACUGUCGCUGCAGAUCCUCCGCCUCGGCUCGUUUCCUCCCCGUCGUCUCUCGUCUCGUCUUCCGCUAUGGCCGGCUCUCUGCUCUCGGUGCUGCUGCUGCUGGCUGCCCGGCCGGCCCUCGCAGACCCGGAGGCGGCCGCCCAGCUGGACGGAGCCCCGCCGUCCAAAAUAGCGGUGGUGGGCGCGGGGAUAGGAGGCACUGCCACUGCCCAUUUCCUGCGCCAGCACUUUGGCCCCGAGGUGCAGGUGGACGUGUUUGAGAGGGGCGAGGUUGGAGGCCGCCUCGCCACGGUAACGGUCAAUCACCAUGACUACGAGUCUGGAGGCUCCAUCAUUCACUCCCUCAACCUCCACAUGCAGGACUUUGUCAAACAGCUAGGUUUGAAGUACCGUCGCAGCGUGGCGGGUAAGACGGCGGUUUUUAACGGCAAGGAGGUGAUUCUGGAGGAGACCGACUGGUACCUGCUGGACCUUUUCCGGCUGUGGUGGCGCUAUGGCAUCAGCUUCAUACGCCUGCAGAUGUGGGUGGAGGAGAUCAUGGAGAAAUUCAUGAGGAUUUAUAAGUACCAGGCCCACGGCUAUGCCUUCAGCUCAGUGGAGGAGCUACUCGGCUCACUGGGUGGGAGUGGCUUCAUCAACAUGACCCGGCGACCGCUCUCCGAUUCGCUGCUGGAGCUGGGUGUGUCGCAGCGCUUCAUCGAUGAGGUCAUCGCGCCCAUCAUGAGGGUCAACUAUGGACAGAACGUCAGCAUCCCUGCCUUCGUAGGCGCUGUGUCUUUAGCGGGUGCCCAGACCAACCUGUGGGCGGUGGAAGGAGGCAACAAGCUGGUGUGUUCUGGUCUGCUGAAGUUAGCAAACGCUAACCUGCUGCAAGCACAAGUCAACACCAUCUCCCCAGUCUACUCCGGGGAGGUGCUCCAGUACCAGCUGAGCUUCAGCACAGUGACAGGGACGGGGUCGGAGCUGUAUGACAUUGUGGUGUUGGCGACGCCGCUGCAGGCCAGUGUCGGCUCUGGAGUGAGGUUUCAGGGCUUCACACCUCCCCUCGACACGCUCCCCGGAAACUACCACCGUACUGUAGCCACCGUUGUCCAUGGCUACCUCAACACCUCGUACUUUGGCUUCGCGGAUCCCCGCUUGUUCCCCUUCGCCAGUGUCCUGACGACCGACACGCCCGAUCUUUUCUUCAACAGCGCCGCCAGCGUCUGUCCCGUCAACAUCUCGGCCGGCUUCCGACGCAAACAGCCGCAGGAGGCCGGCGUCUACAAGGUGUUCUCGCCGCAGCCGCUGGACAAGACUCAGCUUAAGAUGCUUUUCAGGUCUUACUACUCAGUGCAGGUGACAGAGUGGCAGGCCUACCCUCAAUACGGCAGCAGCCAGGGACUGCCGCCAGUGGAGCUCCACUCCAACCUCUACUACCUCAACGGCAUCGAGUGGGCCGGCAGCGCUAUGGAGAUGAGCUCGGUGGCUGCCAAGAACAUCGCCCUGCUGGCCUACCACCGCUGGAACAGGCAGACGGACAUGGUGGACCAGAAGGACCUGAUGCACAGGAUCAAGACCGAGCUAUGAUUGGCCAGUGUAAGCGCUUGAUGCCACUUUGUGAAAUGCAAAGACUCGUCCCUGCUGCCGGCAUCUCCAGUGUUUUGUCAGCAGCACCGUCUGCCUCUUGCCGCAAAUUAUCUCCUGGUUUGCUAUUUAAUGCAGUCACAACAGGAACAACGUUUUCUUUGUUGCCUUGGGUUAUCCCAGAUUAGGAAAUGAGAUUGAACAGGCAACAUAAAAGAGCACACACACGCCUGCACCAACAGCAUUUCCAGACUGUAUUUAGGUAGUGUGUUAAAGUGUGUCGCAUAAACUUGAUGCAUAGAAUCAAAUGUGAAUAACUGUAACGGAGCCAUUACCUGCUGCAGGCUUAUCCUAAAUGAACUCAAACACUGGCAAAGAGAAACACCAGGGGCCUCGUCUACAGUAUCAGAUGUGAAACUCUGCCAUCACACCACUAAACCACAUCCCUGCGUAGCUGUUCAGUGGCCACUUUGAACUCGCUGCCUGCUUAGCUGUAGUACUGUACACACCAGUGACGCUGCAGAUAGGUGGGAUGUUGAGACUGAUUUCUUGAGUUACUGGCGGUGUGAACGCACACAUCAGCUGUGAUGCAGGAUCACUGGUACCUGUCUGUCUUUUUAUUGUCCUCUAGAAGCAGUUGAACGCACUCCUAUCUGUUGCCUUAGUAAUAAAAUCCUGGUUCUUUGUCGAAGUCAAACACCCACUUGGACAGUGACGUAUGAAAUCCCGAUUCCGUGGCUGCUUUUUGUCUGUCACAUAAAAAAAUUGUGAGAUGUAAGACAGGUCAGUGUAGUUUCAAAUCUAGCUCUACCUUUUGAAACAUAACCAGCACUCUCAGUCUUAUAAUCUUGAUACAGUUAAGAGCUUGUGCGCAGGGUUGUUUAAUCCCUGACCACCACCUAACAGCAGCUAUAAACUCAACAAAUGGGACCAGAUGCACCUGAUGCAGAGGACCAUGUCCGCCUGUGUGUCUGUCUACACGAAUCGUAUUGAUAUGUUGUCGCCUUAAAGAUCUUUAAAAAGAGCUCCACCUCUGUAAAUGUAAGGAUCUGUAACAGUGGAAUUCCCAAAGGUAAUCUCAUUAAAGGUAAUCUCUGUUGGAUUUUUUUUUUUUUUAAUUAAUAAAAAUCAUUAUGCAACGAGUUCUGAUAGUUGCCAUGGGUGCUCUGUUCUAUAGCCCCUGUAACUUGGGAUUAGAAGAUUUUAUUAUUUCCCCUUCCUGCUGCUUUUUGUUGCAUAACCUAGCGGAAAGAAUUUUUCGGGGAGUUGAGCCAGCGAGCUUCCACAUCAGAUCAAAUAAAAGCAGAGAGCAGAUCUUUGAAUCUGCUGCUGUGGAAGCUGGUGGCACAUUUGAGCAGAGAAAACUUUUUAAUGAGAGGAUCCUACAUACAUUUUCAAAUGUAUCCUAUUGAAGGUUCAGAAACAAAGUGUUCAGAUAUUCCUUUUUUUUUUUUUUUUCAAACAGUAGUAUAAUCAUGGAUAAACACAGGAACAUGCACUGUAUAGUUUUUAAAAUCUAUUCUAACCAGGAUAAUCAAUCAUCUUCACUUAUUAUGAUACUAUGAGAAACUUAUAACUUAAUCAUCUUGUCAAAUUCUGAUGAAAAUGUGACCAAGGCCUUUAAGUCACUCUCUAUGUGAUCUAGUGAUCUUCUAAGCCUUUUUAUGUUAUUUAUUUUAUCAUGUUAAUUUCCUUUAUUAUUGAUUUUGGUCCCUAUGUUCACAUAAAUGAUAGAGGACACUAAACCUAUUGCAUAAAAUUGUGUUUGGGCAUAGUGCUUUUAUGUUUGAGAGAUCUGAAAUACUCCAUUUUAUUGUUGUCAAAUGAAAAUCUUGUAACUCCAGUUUGGGUGAUUUUUGUGUUUUAACUAAUGAAGGAUUACACGACCCCUUGGUUUGAAGAAACCCUUUCCCUUUCAAAACUUAAUCAGAUAAUCUCACAUAUGUAUAUGCUCAAGCUAAAACCAAACUGUUUAUUUUCUCUGUCUUUGAGAGGUGACAUUUUGGAGGUACAAGGUUUUUACCCAGCAGCAACAACUGGUUUCAAUGCAUGUAGAAUGCAUGUAUGAUAUGCUGUAAAAUAUACCUAAAAUAUACCUAUGCUUGUAGAUUACUUAUUAACCAAACACCAGCGCUGGGAUGAAUCUGGUGGAUAUUUCACAAAGCAGGACUACAAUUAGACAGUAAACCUGAAACUGAUGUUUUGAUAUUAACUUUAUGAAAUGAAGAUGAAUGAAACUGUACAGUCACAUCAUCUCUCCUGUGAAUUUGUAAUAAAUGCACUUUUUUUCUCC